GCAAAGAUGGCUGUUGUGUACACAUCGAAUUGAAUUACUGUGAGAAACCAAAUUCCUAUACCACCGGGGCGGAUAUGCAAAGAUGAUUCACGGUUUAGCUGUGUCGUUUUUAACAUUCACUUUAGUUUACGCAUCCGUAGUUAAUGAAAUUGAAGAAAAGUCGACUUCAGUUUCUGAAGAUCCAAACUUGCACUCGCCAUCCGAAGAAGGACGAAGUUGUGGAUGCAACUCUCUGAACAGAGCCGGUGUCUCUAGUGGAAGUGAAAGCGGGGUUUUGUUUCCUGAGGAGGCUGCUAUCAAGUACACAAGAGAGGCAAAUGUACCGCCAGUAAUAAACACUAAGGAGACAGCAAGGUUCAAUCAGAUGGUGCUGAUCCCUGGGGGAGUGUUCAUGAUGGGGACAGAUGAGCCGGCUAUACCUCAGGAUGGGGAAGGGCCAGCCAGAAGAGUGCACAUUCAGCAGCUCUACAUGGAUAUGUAUGAAGUCAGCAACUUGGAGUUUGAGCUCUUUGUAAAUGCUACUGGUCAUGUAACAGAGGCAGAAAAGUUUGGAGACUCUUUUGUGUUUGAAGGUCUAUUGAGUGAAAAAGUAAAGAACAAAAUCACACAGGCUGUUGCCGCUGCUCCCUGGUGGAUGCCCGUGAAAGAAGCCAACUGGAGACAACCUGAAGGUCCUGAUUCGAGUUUUGCAGAUAGGCUUGAGCACCCUGUUUUGCAUGUGUCCUGGAACGAUGCGGUGGCGUACUGCACCUGGGCGAAAAAACGUCUGCCCACAGAGGCUGAGUGGGAAUACGCCUGUCGGGGAGGACUGGAGAACAGACUGUUCCCAUGGGGCAACAAACUGCUCCCUAAAGACCAGCAUUAUGCCAAUAUCUGGCAAGGAGACUUCCCAGCACACAACACUGGGGAGGAUGGGUACACUGAAACCUCACCAGUGACUGCCUUCCCUCCCAAUGGAUACGGUCUAUAUAACAUGGUGGGGAACGCCUGGGAAUGGACAGCAGACUGGUGGAGUGUACACCACAGCACUGACGAGACUCGCAACCCGACGGGUCCUGCCACAGGAAAGGACAAGGUGAAAAAAGGAGGAUCCUACAUGUGUCACAAGUCUUAUUGUUACAGGUAUCGCUGUGUGGCUCGUAGCCAAAACACCCCCGAUAGCUCUGCCUCCAACCUGGGCUUCCGCUGUGCCGCUGACCAGCUCCCAGAUUACCUGCAGUAAAGGGUCAAGGACCACACGAGGAGCCCUGCAAUGCAACUAUCGAUCUGAACGACAACCACGAGGCAGGCCUGCCUUGAUCAAAGUUCUCAUAUCUCCUAAACUUCUUUUCAGGAUCUGUACCUUGAAUAGUUUCUGUUUUGGACAGGAUCAGCGAGUGCUCUCCUUACUCACCCCCCUAGGAACUGCCGAAGGAAGAAGCAGAUCUAUUAUAUAAACACAUGUACGACUAAAUUACUGCAGGCCUUUCUGUAAUCCGCAAGUUGAUAGUGUGAUCGUAUCGGCAGGAUGUCAGAAGUCUUUGACUGCUCGUAUUAUCAAUUUUAGUAAUAAUUUUGUUGUUAUUGUGAUUUGAUAGCUGUCUGGAAUGAAACUGCAAUACAAAGAAGAAAGUACUAUAUGUUUGUUAGGACUAUAAUAGGAGUGCAAUUCAGUUAUGAUAGGUUCGGUUUUUUAUCAACUGCUGUUUUUAACAACCAAUCAGUUUAGCAGACUGUGCAAGGUAAGACAAAUACCUUAGUUUUGUCCAUGUCUAUAGGGUUUGAUUGAACUUCUAGAUCUACUACAAAUGACUUCAGUCCUCAUGACUUGGGUGAUAUGCUGUAUUGCAUAUGGUCUAUUCUACUUAAAAACAGAUUCAUCCAUUACAUAUAUUGUUAUUGACAAUUCAGAAUAUGGAGAUGCACAGAUGCACCUGUCUAUGCCACACAUAUAUGUGUAAUGAUGGUACUUGGUAAGGACAUUCUUCGUGCACGUAUCAUACUAAUGUAGAUAUUUGCCUUCUUACUCUGUGAAGUUAGAAGAAAUUUCUGAUAGUAUUGUAAACACUAACAUGCAUAUUAUUGACACCUGCCGUAGCUGUAAAUUAAAAAUUAAAGCCAUCAAUAACAUGAAAAAAUGGAUCACUACAGCCGUAACCAUGUAAAAAUGGGAGUUUAACAGACAGAUGGACAGCUGCCCCCAUGCACAAAUAUUAUAUAACCUGUGCUAAAGAAGGUCCUAGUUUCAUCGCGCCAGACAAACGCCUCCAGAAUAUGCUUCAUCCCAGUUAGAUAAGUGGUUCCCUAGAUACUGUAUAUGUAAAAAUGUAACUGCGGCGCACAGAAAGACAGUCUCCAAAUAACCCCUGAUUAUGUUACACACAGUAGUUUGUGCUAAAGAAUGUCUUUAGGAAGUUCCAUCAUAAUUGAGCAAUCAUUUCAAUAGAUAUAUGAAAACUUAAAUAACACACAGAAAGUAGUCUGAUGGCCAGACACACAUCCUCCACGUCACCCAAGAUCAAAAGGGCAAAAAAGGUCCUUAGCAAGCUUCUUUGGACAAGCAAUACUAAAAAAAAUAAAGUAGGUACUGUAACUACUUGCAGGAUGUACAUCAUUAGUGGUGGAUAGUAAACAGCUGAAAAAAAAUGGAAGUAAAGGAUAAAUAGCAUGGGUUGAAGUCUUCCAUUUCUGAAUGAGAAUUACUGACAAGACCACAUGCUGGUACAGAGCUCUUGAUGGGGACCUCUCCUGAUAUGUUCUCAAGGAGUAAGUCUCAGCCCUGUGAAAUGCUGGUUACCAUGAGUAAAUAACAGGUGCUUACAGUUGCCAAACAAUACUGAGCUGUCAAAAGGCCCUUUUUUCAGACUGCUUUGUGAGCGUGGACUUGUCAAAGUAUAGAACUAUGGCCAAAAGCUUUGCAUCACUUGGAAUUUUAGGAUUGAGACAUCAUUUAAAAAGUAUGAACAUGAUUUAGA